UUAAUCAUGAUCUGAUCUUACAAAGUGGGAAAGAUCCGGCAAAGAGCUCAUCUGCUGAAGAAUCAUAGUUCUUGUUUGAUAUAGUUUUUUCAGUUUCAACAAAGGACUAGCUGUUGCAAGACCAGUCUCUGUAAAAGAUUUGGAACUAUGAACUGGAUUCAACGCAAGAUCUAUCUCUACAAUGUCACUUUUGGACUCUACAUGCUGGAUUGGUGGGAGCGUUGCCUCUUUAAUACUUUGGUGAUUGUGUUGAUGUGGUUCAUCUUUUACAAUAGCUCGCGACAUGUAACUGAUUUCUGCAAAAGGUAA